AUGACAUUUGUGACAAUCAAAGAGAGAAAGUGGUGCAUAAAUUUGAAGACUAUAUCAGGAAUGGAUUCGCCUGACUACACAACGUCUGAUUCAACUGUAGAAUCUGAAAAUCGAAGUGAUAGCUCCUGGUCUGGUAGCAGCUUAUUUAAAACACAGUGUGUUCCUUCCUCACCUACACGGAGGCAAAGGAACCAAAUUCAAAAAUGUGUUUAUUCACCUAAGAACAUUAAAGAAGAUUCAUCAAGCUACUCAUCCUUUGAACCCAAACCAUUGACUUUAAAAGCUAUUUUUGAAAGAUUCAAGAAAAGGAAUCGGAAGAAAAGAAAAUACAAGCCAACAGGAAGACCAAAAGGAAGUAAAAAUACUAGACGGUCACAGAUAGACAAGAAACAAGUUAGAGGCAAAGGCCAUAAAUUUACAGAAUCAGAGAACAGAAGAAACCUAUUACCAUGGAGGAAAAUUUUAACUUUUGAGCAACAUGUUGCCAGAAGAUUUUUUAACUACAUUGAAAAGCUGAAAUAUGAACACCACCUUAAGGAAUCCUUGAAUAAAAUGAAUGUUGGUGAAGAUUUAGAAAAAGAAGAUCUCGAUAGUUGUAGAUACAAAUACUUGGAUGAUGAUGGAUCCAUUUCUCCUAUUGAAGAGCCAGUAACAGAUGAAGCAAUGAAUCUUGAGCCUGAUGAUGAAUGCGAUAUCAAGUUGGUAGAGGAUAGUUGUUUUAUAAUAAGUUCUGAAUUCCCAGUUUCUAAGAAGAUGGAUGUAUAUUUAGGGCAAGAGAAUACUAAAGAACCUGCUUUGUCUAAAAAGAGAGCUUCAAAGGCCAGAAACACUGGGCAGAAUACUGAAUGGCCUGGAAAGAGAGGAACAUGA